UAUAUUACUGAAAUUACUCGCUUAUGCUCAAAACUUAAAUAUCUUGAGCUUAGUGAUUGCUCAAUUAGUAAUGAAGCUAUUGAGGAGAUAGCUAGCAACUGUACUAAUUUGAAAUAUCUUAGUUUGAAAGAGUGUAGAAGGAUUAGUAAUGAAGUGCUAAAAAAUCUUAAUUCGAAAAUUAAAAUCGAACAUUCAGAUUAUUCUAAUGAUGAAUUCUCUAAUUUUGAUUUACUUCCACUUAUCUAA